AUGUCUUUAAACUACAUCAAAAACUUCUAUGAAGGAUGCCUCAGGCCUCCGACGGUGAUAGGCCAGUUCCACACCUUGUUCUUCGGCUCGGUGCGGAUGUUCUUCCUGGGCGUCCUUGGCUUCGCUGUCUAUGGGAAUGAGGCGCUGCACUUCAGCUGCGACCCAGAUCGCAGAGAACUCAACCUGUACUGCUACAACCAGUUUAGACCCAUAACACCUCAGGUCUUUUGGGCGUUGCAACUGGUGACAGUGCUGGUUCCUGGGGCGGUGUUCCACCUCUACGCAGCCUGUAAAAACAUUGACCAGGAGGAGAUACUUGAACGACCCAUCUACACUGUCUUCUACAUCAUUUCUGUUCUUUUACGCAUCAUUCUGGAAGUCAUCGCCUUCUGGCUACAAAGCCACCUCUUUGGCUUCCAGGUUCACCCACUGUACAUGUGUGAUGCCAGUGCUCUGGAAAAGGCCUUCAAUGUGACUAAGUGCAUGGUACCCGAACACUUUGAAAAAACUAUCUUCCUCAGUGCCAUGUACUUCACUGUGAUCACCAUACUUCUCUGUAUUGCCGAGAUCUUUGAGAUACUCUGCCGGCGGCUCGGCUAUCUCAACAACCAAUGA